GUAGGGUUCACCAUAAGACAGACAGCUAGGAUAAUGUUGGUGCUCAGUUGUUUCGGACUCUUCGGUCGGUGAGCAUGAUUGCUUGAAGGGGCCAAUUCUUCCUCCAAGAGAGUGUGUAGCGUGUAUGCUACUUAUCUUCCAUUAGCUGUGCUGUACCGGUGAUAGUGAUAAGUAGAUAAUCAAUUUUAUUGUACACAAAAUUGGACAUUACGCGUGGAUUAUACAGUGAAUCGCAAUGUUGAACGGCGAAACGAUUCUUCUCGUUCAGCUGGCAUUGCUAGUGAUAACGCUGGUACCGUUUUUGAGAUGGCUCAAGAAAAGACUUCAACUUCAGCGUGUGAUGGACAAAAUCCCUGGCCCCAAGUCUUAUCCGGUCGUCGGUACGAUGCAUUCCUUCAUAGGGAAAAAGUCCGAAGAAAUAUUCUACAUAAUUGAUCAACGCACCCGAGCCUACCCGGGCAUUCAUCGCAUCUGGAACGGUUCCACGCCGGAGGUGCGCAUUAACAAGGCCGAGUACGUGGAAAAGCUCAUCUCCUCCAGCCGGCACAUCGAGAAGUCAACGAUGUAUAAGUUUCUGGCGGCCUGGCUUGGUCAGGGUUUGCUAACCUCAAAAGAUGAUCGAUGGUUUCAGCACCGGCGGCUCAUAACGCCCACCUUCCACUUCAACAUAUUGGACGGGUUCUGUGAGGUGUUUGCCGAGCAUGGGCAGCUGCUGGUGGAGAAGCUGUCCGAGCGCGUUGGCAGUGGCAAGCAACCGAUCAACGUGUACCCGUUCAUCACGAAGGCCGCGCUGGAUAUCAUUUGUGAGACGGCAAUGGGUGUGAAGGUAAACGCACAGACUAGUGGCCUGGAUAAUCCGUACGUGGCGGCUGUGUAUGACCUGAGCGCACUGAUACAGUACCGUGUGGUAAGGCCCUGGCUUCAUCCGGACUUUAUCUGGAAUAGGUCGCGGGCCGGCCAGCAGUACCACCGGGCCCUGGCGGAAGUGCACGGAUACUCGAGCAAGGUGAUACGGGAGCGUCGGGCCGAGUUGAAGCAACGGCCGGUGGAUGAGGGAAGGAAGGCGGAAGAGCUCGAGGGUGGCCGGAAGCGACGACUCGCCUUUCUGGAUAUGCUGCUCGAAAGCACGGACCAGGGCAACCUGCUCAGUGACGACGAUGUCCGGGAGGAGGUCGACACGUUUAUGUUCGAGGGACACGAUACGACGACCGCUGGCAUAUGCUGGGCGUUGUUUCUGCUCGCACUUCAUCCGGAAAUUCAGCAUCAAGUUCAGCAGGAAAUUGAUUCGAUCUUUGGUGACUCGGACCGGGCCCCGUCGAUGCGGGACCUCAACGAGAUGAAGCUGCUCGAACGGUGCCUCAAGGAGACGUUGCGGCUGUACCCGUCCGUGUCCUUUUUCGGCCGUACGCUGAGCGAAGACAUCCAGCUCGGCGGUUAUCACGUCCCGGCCGGUACGAUUGUCGGUGUCCAUGCGUACCACGUGCACCGGGACGAACGGUUCUUUCCCGAUGCGGAAAAAUUCGACCCGGACCGGUUCCUGCCGGAGCAGACGGAAAACCGACACCCGUACGCGUACAUCCCGUUCAGUGCCGGACCGCGGAACUGUAUCGGGCAGAAGUUUGCGCUGCUCGAGGAGAAGAGCGUCGUGUCGUCGAUCUUGCGCCGGUUUACGGUCCGGUCGGCGAAGACACGCACGGAACAGUUGAUACAGCACGAGCUCAUCACACGGCCGAAGGAUGGAAUUUCGUUGUACUUUGAGCCGAGGCACGGUGCGAAGGACGGCUCGCGGGCUUAGCUGUGGUACGGUAGGUACGGUUUGGUCGCUGUGUGGCACAAUGGAAUGCUGCUUGGUUGUUAGUAAUGGCGAAGCGAAUGGUUUGUGGCCGGUCGGAUCAAAACGUGAUUUUGACGUAGAAAUAAAGGCUUGCAUAAGUUAA